CCUUUCUUUCCCCACCAUCAUCUUAGCUGGCUUCCAUGGAUGUUCCUUCUCAGAAAUCCCAAUUCCCUCCCUUCUUUAUAAAGCAUCACUCUUCCUUCUCAUCAUCUUCAGACCAAUAACAACAGCAACAAACAUAAACACAAAGAACAAAACAUAGAAACCCAAAGUACAGAUUUUUUAAACAACAAAACAUCAUCAUCAAGCUCUAAAUGGCGUCACCAAAGUCACCUUCAAGACCAACCGAACAAAACCCACAACAACCCAGUUUCCACGAUUACCUACCCGCGAUGGCCGGAAACCUAGGAGGAGAAGGUCUGAUCGGAGAGCUCUGCAACGGAUUCGAGCUGCUGAUGGACAGAGAGAAAGGAGUCAUCACGUUCGACAGUCUCCGACGCAACGCAGCGGCUGUUCUCGGUCUCGGUGAUUUGACUGACGAAGACGUCAGGUGUAUGAUUAAAGAAGGUGAUUUCGACUGCGACGGUGCGUUGAAUCAGAUGGAGUUUUGUGUUUUGAUGUUUCGGCUUAGCCCUGAUUUGAUGGAGGCUUCUCGGUGUCUCGUCACGGAAGCUAUUGAGGAGGAGUUCGGUGAUGAAUGCUCUCGUCGCCGGCAUUGAAAACACGAAUCAUGAUCUUCAUCUUAAUGAUUUAAUUCGAUUCAUUUGUUACUUAUUUUCCCAUUAAUGUUACCAAAAAUUCACAUAAGUCUUUUAUGUAUACAAAUUUACAGUUCACUUUUAUA